GCUAACUGCUGAAAGGAUGGCGGCUAAGAAACGUAAACCAUCUGAAGAUCUAAUUGAGCAUUUAUUAUGUCCUGUUUGCCUGGACUUGUUUGAAGACCCUGUAAUGUUGCAAUGUGGGCACUCCUUCUGUGAAUCAUGUAUAAAUAAAGUUUGGGACAGUGAGAAACCUCCCUUUUGUCCAACUAAAGACUGCAGACAGACAUUCUCAGCCAGGAGCUAUAUACCCAACAAGUCACUAAGGAACAUGAUGCAAAAACUACAAAGAGGUCCUUCAAGUGAAAGAACACCUGGAACAAAACUAUGCAUGGAACACAAUGAGCCACUGAAACUGUUUUGUCAGGAAGAUAGAAAACUCAUAUGUCACAUCUGUAAGGUGUUGUCUAAACAUGCAAGCCACACAUUCCAAACCCCGAAGGAAGCAGUCAACAUGUUUAAGGAAAAGAUGGAAACUGAUCUAUCAUCACAAACUGAACAUUUUAGACAAUGUCAAAGCAAGCAGGAAGAGAAGAUAUCCAGUAUCCAGGAGCAAGCUGAUUUUCUGGAAGGAUUGUUUAUAGAAAGAGGAUAUAAUAGAAACAUGGUUAGGGAAAUUAAGAACUUAAUAUUUAAUGAAAAUAUUGAUGUUAGUGAACAGAGGUACAAUAACUAUAUAGGACCACGAAAAGUGAAUAAUGGAUCUAAGGCUGCUCAACUUCUUGAAGAUCUCCCUGACUCUAAAACUAAGUCUCAGCUUUCCUCUGUGCUGGAGACUGCAUCUCGGGUAGCCCAUCACUCCAUUAAAUGCAGCUAUGAUACUGCAGGUGCCUCAUGCAGAGGCGCUGCUUCCGGGUCUGUUCUUAGAAGAUAUUCCUGGCUGAAACGUCAACCACUCCCAGGCUAUAUCAAGUCUAAAUUAUUAGAUGCCCCUCAGGAUAAUUCAGCCUUGUUUGGGCCUGCUGCAGCUGCCAUGUUUAAAUCUCUGGUUUUAAAAAGAAUGGAGGAAGAAAAUAAGUCCAACUCUGCUCUGGUGUCUGAUAAUCUGAAUCUUGGGGAAUAUAAUGGCCCCCUGCAGUACAGAAUUUGGAAGGAAAUAUUCUUUGCAUUUGGCCUGCGCUCGUCUCAAUUGAUCCUGGACCCUAAAACAGCACAUCCUAAUCUCCUCUUGUCGGAAGACUUGACCACUGUGUGGUACCGUGAUGCUGAACAACUGCUCUCUGACAAGCCUCAAAGAUAUGAUUCACUUCUCUGUGUGCUUGGAGCACAUGGCUUUACAUCAGGAAGACAUUACUGGGAAGUGGAAGUGAAGGGCAAGACAGAAUGGACUGUUGGGGUCACCAGACAGUCCAGCAAAAGGAAGGGCCAAUUUGAUGUGAACCCACAGCAUGGCUACUGGGCUGUAGCCCUGAGGUCUGGAGAAGAGUACUGGGCUCAGGAUUCACCACCCAAGGCUAUCAAGCUCACUGUGCAGCCCAGGAAGAUCGGAGUGUACCUGGAUUAUGAGGGGGGCCAGGUGUCAUUUUAUAAUGCUGAUCAUGUGUCCCACCUCUACACCUUCUCUAACACCUUCACUGAGACACUGUACCCUUUCUUCAGCCCUUGCAAUAACAGUGGUACAGUUGCAGAACCAUUAAAAUUAAAGCUGUAUUUAAAAAUUCCAUGCAUGUAGGCUUACUGACAUGGAAUUUGCUCAUGUAUCCAUCUAACAAAACAAUAUAUUUUCCAAGAUUGUACUCUAGGUGAAAGGGCAUUAGUGAUGAACACUGGACCCAAGCAGUGAUUUUUCUCUACCUUUUAAACAUACAGCAGUGAGUCAUUGAUAUAAUUCCAGUCUGGCAAUUGCCAGUUCAAUAUCUGUUGUCAACUAUUUCAGCAGUUACUAUGUAACACUAAAAUACAAUUAAACUUGACAACAGGCAGUUUAUUCAAUGUUUAAAUGUUUUCAGCUAUACUGGUAUUGAACAGUCAUAUUAAUAAAGUGAAUUAAUAGUAACAAACUCUUUUUUGCCUUUUAAAAUGUAACUUUGCCGUGUGUCUACAAAACAGUUUCUUCAGUCUAGUAUUUUUUUACAACCACCACUACUUACAAAUCCUAGUAGCCAGUAGACACAAUAACAGAGAAACUGGGUAUAUUAAGGGAAAUGGAACCAAGGGAUAUUGCUAGAAAAUGAAUUCAUUUGUUUGACAAAAGGCAUACUCGAGUUAUGAUUAUAAAGGUAUAGGUUCAAAGGUCAGUACUAGGCUAACUGCCCUUGUGGGUGAUUUUAAGCCUAGCCAAUUACCUUAUUUGUGAAUCAAACCCUACACCUUCUGUUUUUAAGGUAAACACAUUCACCAUUAUGAUAACCGCCAACCCUACUUUAGAUUUUG